CGCAUUAACUGAUGGAUGAUGAAAUGGGAAAUGAAACUACACGCCUAAUGUGAAAAGGCUGCAUUUUGUUUUAAACCUUAACGCUAUAUUUUGGCAGUCAUGGCCUCAGCCAGCAGCUUGCUGUGUGAGGAACAGUUCCUCUGUUCAAUCUGCCUUAACACAUUUACUGAUCCUGUCACUACUCCAUGUGGACACAACUACUGCAAAACUUGUAUAACAGAGUACUGGGACAGCAGUGAUGUAACGCAAUGUCCCCUCUGCAAGAAGAGGUUCCGCCGCAGACCUCAGCUUCAGGUCAACACAGAGUUCAGAGAUAUGAUGGAGUGUUUCAACAGCAUGAGAGUAAAGGAUGGAGAGGUUCUUGCUAAACCAGGGGAGGUGCCCUGUGAUGUCUGUAUCGGACCAAAGCGAAAGGCCCACAAGACGUGCCUGGUGUGUUUGACUUCAUAUUGCCAGGCUGACCUGGAGCCUCAUCAGAGAGUUGCAAGCCUAAAGAAGCACAAGCUGAUCGACCCCGUAUCAAACCUGAAGGACAGGGUGUGUCAGAAGCAUGACAAGAUGUUGGAGCUCUUCUGCUGCACAGAUCAGGUGUGUAUUUGUUUCAUGUGCCUGAAAGACGACCACGUUACACACAUAACCAUCCCCUCCGAACGUGCUUUCAGAGAGGGGAAAGCCCGGCUUGAGAGCUUAACAUCAGAAAUGAAAGAAAUAGAAAAGACCAAAUCCAGUCAUGUGAAGGAAGCCAAACGCUUGGCUCAGCAAAACAAGCACGAAUCAGAACGAGAGCUAGCAGAUAUUGCUGAGGUUUUAGGAGCUCUGGUGGCCUCUCUGCUAAAAAACCAGGACGAGCUAAUUAAGCUAAUCCAAGAGAAGCACAAAGCAGUAGAAACACAAGCUGAAACCCACAUAGCUCUGCUGGAAGAAGAAGUAGACGUGUUAAGAAGGGGGAUAGCUGAACUGGAAGAGUAUUUACAGACAGAAGACCAUCUCCAUUUCCUGCACAGCUGCUCGUCCCUCCACUACGUUGCAUUCAAUAAGGACGUAUUUAAACCUCUGUCCCACGGCGUGCCUCCUUUUACAGACAGCCUUUCUAAAAUGAGUGAACAGAUAUAUUUGGGGAUGGUGAAGAAGUACAGUGCUCAGAUAGAAAAGAUACUCAGUAAAGAAGUGGGCAUGAAAUAAGCCGAAAAUAACGAAAUAACGAAAUAAGCCGUCUGAUGGCUGUGAUGCUGCUGAACAGGCUGCUACAGCAGAACCACUAAUGAGAGACGAUUUUAUUGAAGGAGAAGGGA